AUCGCCCAUUCUUUACACUAAGCAAUACAAUAACACAACCCCACAAAUAGAUACAUGUCUGCCCCUCAACUAUACACCUUUGACACUGGUAACAGCAUCACCAAGCAGGCGGACAGCCAGCCCGCCUCUGCUGCUGCUACUACUUCUACUACUGUUGCGGUUAGGAAAAGGAAACGGCCAAGUUUGGUAUGUUCCAUCUGCAAGAAAAAGAAAAUCAAAUGUGACAAACAACUACCUUGCAACAACUGCAUUAAGUCCAAGUGUUCCGAUGCUUGUACGUAUGACAGGAGUAAAAGUCCAAACAAAUUAGAGGACAAUAGGCACAGUGAUGUUCCUUCGUUGCCUUAUGUUUCUAGUGCAAAAAAUCCGAUUAUCUUGGCUGAUCAUAGGGCCAAGAAACCAAAAGUGGUUUCUCCUGAGAAGAGUUCCGAUGAACAAGUCACUGUAUCUUUGAGUGAGUUGAAUAUGCUAAAGGAAAGAUUGCAGCAGAUUGAGAGCUCGAUUAACGUAGCUCCUCCUACUUACAAGAAAGCACCAACUCCCGGUGUGCUUCCGCCACCGAUUAUGUCGUCCGCUUGGAAUAGCGCUAGUCCCCAACCACAGGACGGUAGUCAAGGACAAGUGUUCGCUACAAGUUAUAAUAUCUCACAUACAAGAAGCCAGUCUCCACCAAGUAAUGGCAUACAGUUACCUCCAUUAAACUUCAAUCCUCCUCCAAAUGGAAUCUCCACUAAUGGAAUCUCCACUAAUGGAAUCUCUCCCAACGGUAUUUCUCCUAAUUAUGCCGGCAGUGCAAAGUCUGAAGACAGCUUGAUCGGAUACAAUCCCUGCUUGAACCUGGAAGACACCAUCAACUUUUAUGAAAACUACACAUCGAUAUACGUCAAAGGUCCACAUAGACGGGUCAAUUUUGGUCCAUUUGCGUGGUCGUCUAUGAUGCGACGCGAUCGUGCAUUGAGCACAUUAUGGGACUACGUCGCCAAGCGGAAGGAAAAGGAUUCAUCACAAACGUUGGUAUUUGCCGAAGUCACCAAUGAAGUUAAUCAGGAAAACAAUGAGGUUGCCACUAAUGAAUCCAAUGAGUCAGAAGCUACGUUCAGAAAGCGCGCCUUGGAAGCGGAUGGGUACGGUGACUUGAUCCCGUAUACUAACAUCUUGAAGAGACGUCGACCGGGUAUUCAGGAAACUUCAGAGCUUAAUAGGUGCACGUUGCCUUUAGGGUUGACCUUCUAUGAGGGUCAAGUCGAAAAGGAGUUGCAAUUGAUUGAUAAGAUCCCUUUGAUUUUGCCGAAAAAGAAGGUUGCUUGGAAGUUGAUUGACCGCUUCUUCACUUACUUGUAUCCUUUCAUGCCGUUUGUCGAUGAGAUGGAUUUCCGACAAAAGAUCGCGGCUAUUAUUGGGCUGGAAUCAUUGGAAGAUACUCCAAUCAAAAACCUUAAGGUGGAGAAAAGAUUGGAUUUGGCGAUAAUUGGUACUUUCUUACUAAUUAUGCGGAUGUCAUACUUGUCGCUAUUCUCAAAUAAAACCGAUGUCAAUGAGGAAAGACUAACCACUACUGACCCAUCGCCUGAAGCACAAGAUGUCAAGUAUCUCCUUCAAAACCCGAUCAGCAUCACCACAGCAAUCGUAGCUAAUUGUUGUUUAUCACAAUUUGAGAUCUUGCAAAAGACCUCGUUUCCAGUGUUGCAACUUGCCCUUUAUUUGAGAAUUUACCACACUUAUGCUCCUGAAGACGGUGGAGGUCCUGAUGGAGGCGAAUCGCAAACUCUAACAGCCGUGAUCAUCCAAAUGGCCUACUCGCUUGGAUUACACCGCGACCCCGACAAUUUUAAUGAUGUGUUGAAUGAUAAGAGACAAAACCAUUUAAUGAGAAAGAUUUGGCAUCAUUUGGUGUUGUCGGAUAUUCACAAUUGUUAUACUUUUGGCAUACCGCCUGCCAUUGACCCUGAUUCCUACGAUACCAAGAUUCCAUUCCAUGAAGAGGGCAAUGAGAAUUUGAAAGAUAAGACAUUGGAUAGGUUUACUACUGCAUGCUACUUUCCUUCAUACACCGACCUUGCCGGUAUAUUACGUCUGCUUCUUAAGUUAGUGUUGAAUGUGCGGGGAAAGAUAAAGUUGGAAGAAUUGUGUAAGUUGAUUAGUGAGUUUGAAGUGUUGAUGACUCACAAGUACGGUACGUUGGAAGACUGCCUUAAUCCACCAACUAAGGACACCCAUAUAUUUGCCAGAAAUUUCCCCACCAAGUUCUACAUUUCCCUAAAGGCGUUCUGUGUUUCUAUAUUUUAUCAUAUAUUCAUCCAUUACGAGCCUAUUGAUUUGAACCUUUCGUUCUUUUACAUGAAGAAGAUCAUCAAGAUUGCAUGCACGGAUUUGAUGCCGCAUUACUUUGAGCUUUUAGGCAACAGUGAUGUUAUUUGCGACAUGAUGAUCAAUCCCAAGUUGCAACAGAUUGUCCAUCUGUUGAAUCAGGUCAAUCUCGCCAUAAUAGUGCGUGUCAAUGUCACGGUCUACUACUUGAGACUGCACGCUGACCAUGAUGCCAGGUGUGCUGCUGAUCCACUGUAUUACACAUACUAUAAAGAGCUAUGCAAGCUUUCAUCCUGUCUUACCCGAUGCGCUGAGUUUUCCAUUGCUGCUGUGUCCAAGUUAAGCUCAAGAUAUUAUCAUGCAUGGAGAAUCACCAAGGGACACACGUAUUUGUUAAGAACAGUGACCACCUUGGACUUCUAUAAGGAUAACCUUAAGAAUAAUCACAAGGAUACACCUACAAAUGGACUCCCUGGAUACUCCACGGAGCAGAUUGCGGAGCUUGUGACCAUGUGUGAGACUGCUUUGGAUAGAGUUGGUAAAAACUGUGUCAUGGGUACUGAGUUCUGUACUGAGGUCAAUUAUAAGCAGUUCAACCGUGAACCAAGCUCGAAUUCUACUGACACUACAUCCUCCAAGAACACCGACACAACAGCAACCACGGCAUCUACAUUGGCCACUGAUUCUCCUUCUGUCAAUAACACGAAAUCAUAUACUAAUGAGUUUGGCUUGAAUUUGGAGAACAGUUCGGAAAUUGAUAAUGUAUGGAUCCAGAUGCUUACUUUCAAACAAGAGAGAGAUGGUGAAUCAGCAGCUCCAACUCCAGGAAAGUUUGAUUUUAAUGACAAGAUGUCGAAAAGCCCCAAUAGUGCAGCACGUUUAAAGAAUAUUGGCAGUGGCGCUGGUAUGGGACUUUCAGUGGAUCAGGACUUGCUGCUUGAUAUGUUUGGUGAUUUGGCGUUUGGCCUGAUGUUUGAUGGAGACUAUGCUUUUUAAUCAAUUUUUUUGUAUUUCUAUGUAUGUUUGUGUAUUACUUGUUAACUGAGUUUAUUUGUUUACCGAUAUUCUUGCCAUAAUAAACUUUGAAACCAUUUAAUUGAAUGCUAUUUGUAUGGUGUAUUGGGCACUACUUCUUGGCAAAAGAUAGUAUUACCUCACUACCGAAUUUCUCCUGCAAUUCUUCAGUCUUGAUCAGCUUCAAGCACUUGGUUGAACUUUCAACAUUAUCAAACUCUAUGAAUGCCAACUUCCUCACCUUGACUAGUCUCACAUUGGAGAACCCUUCAAAUUGUUCAAAGUAACUUGUCAAUUGCUCAUCAUCAUCCAAGCGCUGAAUAAGUAAUAAUUUAUUAGGAGGCAAGCUCUUCCAGUCUUCGGAUUUGACCUUCUUCUUCUUUUGCUUGCCACCAGCUGGGGUUGAUUUCCUUUUGAGGUUCUGUCUCUCCUUUUCCAGUUUUCGUUGUUCAAUCUUGUCUACCUCGUUGUGAAGCUCGUAAUAUGCGUCGGAAUUACCCUUGGCAUAAGUGAUGUGCAUGGGUUUAUUGAAAAGAAUGUGAUUCUGCAAAUCCAUAGCUUUCGUUGACGACACCUUUGAUUCGAACGUUAUGAAUGCUUGUCCUUUCAUUUUGAGGUUCCUGUGUGCUGUUAUUUGGAGGAUCUUGCCGUAGCUUGUGAAGAGCAGCUCCAAUUCAGAUUUAAGUUUGGUGAGCGAGACCCUAUCAUUAAGAUUGUUUAUGUAGAUUGUUUCUAGUGGUUGAUUGGAGUCGCUUGCCAUGAUUACCGGAUGGUGUAGACCAUGGAUCAUCUGCAUCUAUCGAUCUCCAUAGUUAGUUUUGUCUGUCGCGGACCAGAGCUGGUGCAAUUCCGGGUAACGGACACUUUCGCUGGCAGCUGGUAGCGCCCCGUUCUAGAACUUUUGUGCUUGCUCACUAAUAAAUAUGUCAGACUUUGCGUCACGUCGCACCAAGUCUGGAACCAGACCGGGGUGAGUCACCAAACAUGUACGUGGUGUUAGUCAUGCUAUGUCGAAACAACAUGCAGCCUCGAGUAAGGGUAUGGUCCAUGCCGAUCUAACACCUUUGUAAACUUAUCAGGCAGCUUCGGAGUAGGAAUCGAUUCGAACAGUAUUGAAUCUCACGGCGCCAAACCUAAAUACGCGUCAGUUGUCAUGGUAAUCCCGAAACAAUCGAUUCGAACGCCAAGCAGUUUUUCCGUAUACAAUAGCCGUGUAUAGUGUUGGUAUACAACAGAACAUGCCAAUUGAUUAGUCUAAACAUCUUAACUAGAAAGAUAGUCACUAGUGACACCAUAGCACAAGAUCUCUCUUGGUUUAGUUGCAAAUGGAUUGAUUAUAAAUGCAUUGCUGUUAGUGGCUGCUAAACGGCAAAAGAAAUAGUCGAUCCACACUAAAAAUCCCAUGUCUGUGCGAUUUCGGUUUUCGGCCCGACAAAAGAUUCAGCCAAUCACCGCAUAGUCAAAUGUAAUCAAUUGUUUGUCCACGUGACUAUAGCCCCAAUGCAGAAGAGGCAACAACAAAAAAAUAAAACCUUCUACAAAGGACAAAAGCGACAUUUCUUAAACUGGCGUUUCAAACCCCUCUUGUUAGAGCAACACUGGAGGCACUAGUCUCUCAAUUGCAAAACUAAGGACAACGUCGACCGUUGAAAAUCUACAAACACUCACGGGUCCUUGUAAGCGUGAUUGGUUGAAUAAAUCGGAAUAGGGAAAAAGAAACGUCUCCGAGAUUAAACAGGUGCUUUUUAGUCUGCAUGGUCAUUACGCUGCUCACAAAAUCACCAAUAGAAGAAAAAAAAAAAAAAGAACAAAAAUAAAAAAUAAAAAAGAAAAGCUUAUAAAUUUAUAAUGAUUGCCCAGACUUUCUCCAUCGGUAUAAUUAUUCAGUUUCGUCCUUUCAUUUUUACUUGUCUUACAAACCACAACGUAUUACCUUGUAACCUUAUUACUGUUUACAUCUAAGCUAAUCUGACUAGUCACACUGUAACUUAACCACACACACACACACACACUCCACCCCCCAUUUAUAUAUAUAUAUAUAUACGCACAUACAAACAUAAUGUCGAUAGUUGCUAUAAAAAACGUGUUGGUAAAACUAUUUCACAAACCAUCAUCGGAAGAUGAAGAAUUCGAACGUGCCAAUGCAUUGUUGAACAACAAUCAACAUCCAUACGGUUCAACCACCGAUGGGACACCAGAUCGUGCCCAAGAAGUGGCCAUACAAGAAGCAUUAAUCAACGCCGCUGCAUCAAUUGCUUCAUCGGAAAAUAAAGAAGAAGAUCAAGACGGCAUAUCUGGAUUCUUCAACAAAUUUGACCCCCGUGUCAUGUCCGAUAUGAUUAUCGGGUUGUCCGAUGGGUUAACUGUGCCAUUUGCCUUGACUGCGGGGUUAUCUUCUUUGGGUGACUCAAGAUUGGUCAUUACUGGUGGUAUGGCGGAAUUGGUAUCUGGUGCGAUAUCCAUGGGUUUAGGUGGUUAUCUUGCCGCCAAGUCUGAAUCCGAAUACUACAACUCGCAAGUAAAGAAGGAAAAAUUGGAAUUCUUUAGAAAACCAGAAAUGAUUAACCAAGAAGCAGCAGAAAUAAUGUUCGAAUUGGGUGCAUCCGAAUCAACCAUCAUUUCGUUCUUGAAAGACUUGGACGCUCGUCCUAAGAACCUCAUUGACUUUGUUAUUAGGUUCGGAAAGGGGUUGGAAGAACCAGCUGAGGGCAGAGAAUUCACCUCUGCAUUGACCAUUGGGUUGGCAUACUUCUUUGGUGGGUUUGUGCCAUUAUUGCCUUAUUUCUUUACCCAAUACGUCCAGACUGGGUUGCUCAUCUCGGUCAUUGUCAUGUUGAUCACCUUGUUUGCAUUUGGAUACAUAAAAACCGCGAUAUCGUUGGGAGAAGAAUGCGGUACUCGUAAAAAGAUACUUGAAGGGAUUCAAAUGGUGGCAAUUGGAUCAAUUGCCGCGGGAUCUGCAUGGAGUUUGGUCUAUCUUAUCGAUAGCCAUUGACAGUGGCCCUGCAUUUUACCAACUCGCUGAUCAUUUUCGUUUAUAUACAACACAGUAUAUAUAAAUUUAAUAGCUGCUGUUUUCCCAGCAGAAAUGAAUGUCAUAUUUUAGAUUUGAACUAUUUUUCGCCGCAAUCCCGAAGUGUCUGCAGAAUCUCGUAAUUAUGCAGUAGCAUGUAGACAUUUUUAGCAUGGACGGAAUAGUCCGGGCGUAUGGUAGCGCGUGUGCCGUUUCUUUUGAACGAGACAAUUGUGCUUAAUGUGUACUCUAAAACGU